AUAUGGGAUUUCGUUUAGCUGACGUCUUUUUUUGUUGAAAACAACGAAACACCGUGGCAUAUGGGUGAACAUUUGUAGGUGGAAUCAAGAUUAUAUAAGAAGUUAAACACCGUAGUGUCUUCAAAUCAUUGAAGUGUACUUAGCGCAACUAGUCGUUUGCUGUUCAGGAGAGAUUUGGAUCACUUUCAAUAAGGGCAGUGCAGUCAAGUGUGUCAUAUGUCUGACGAGUUUACAAGACGUUCAUUUCCUGACCCCUAUGCGACUCUAGAAGUAAGACGAGCGGCAACAUCUGAUAAGGUAAAAAAAGCCUAUCGAAGGCUCGCCCUUAAGUGGCACCCCGACAAAAAUCCACACAACCUUAAGGAGGCCGAGCAACGUUUUAAAGAAAUCUCCCAAGCCUAUGAAAUACUGUCUGUUGAAAAGAAGCGUCUUAUCUGCGAUAAGCACAAUGAGCGGUGGGGUCCUGGAAAAGACAACCCCAAAUCGAGCACUGACUUCAACCAGGGAUGGAAAGAGUUUGAGGAGCUGUUGGCUUUAUUCGACAUCCGUAAGCCAGAAGAAAUAUUUAAAGAUUUCUUUCAAGAUGAGCAGCUAGCCAAAGAUUUAGCAGAGCUCUGUGGCAAAGCGAUAAGCUGUAUUGUCUCGUCUGUCGCGGAAAAUCUGAGAAAGCACCUGAAUUCCGUUUAAAGUACAUUUGUAUUUCGUCUGUUUUUAAUUAGAGAAUAUUUGUAUUUCGUUUGUUUUUAAUUAAAGUUAACUAAUUAAAGAAAAUAAAUUAGUUAACAAACUUAAUCUUAGCGAAAAUGUUUUAGAUAUAGAUUUCGCGUGUUUAAUUAAUUGGAGAACAUUUGUAUAGAUUUCGCGUGUUUAAUUAAUUGGAGAACAUUUGUAUAGAUUUCGCGUGUUUAAUUAAUUGGAGAACAUUUCGUUAGUUAUUAAUUUUAACUAAUUAAAAUAAAUUAGAUAGAAUAAAUUAGUAGUUAAACUUAAUCUUAGCUUAGAUAUAGAUUUCCACGUGUAUGGAUACCGAAGUUUGAAAUGCGGUGUAGAGAAAUAAUUUUCCCCAUGUUAGGUAGUAAUGAAAAUGAAUUUGAGUGAAACCACUUUCUCUAUAUUUGAUGGUAAUGAAUGAAAGAAGAAGCUGAGACAUACUUAACCAAAUAAAAAGGAUACGCAAACACCGAAGUCUGAAGUGCGGUGUAGAGAAAUAAUUUCCUCCAUAUUAGGUAGCAAUGAAUAGAGUGAAACCAUUUUCUCCAUAUCAGAUGGUAAUGAAUGAAAGGAGCUGAGACGUACUUAACUAAAUAAAAAGGAUACGCAAAAAGAAAUAGUGAUUCUGAAUUACUGUGAUCUUCUUGAGAGAUGAGUGAGACUUCUGAACUGAUCUUGGAAGCGUCCCGCGCUCGAAAUUUUCGGCCUAGUGGCUUCAGUGGUAAUGAGUAGAA